AUGAGGAAAAUAAAAGCAAUUACAAUAGAUGAUUAUGGAUGAUAGAUAAGAUGAAAUAUUGCUAUCUAUUAAUUAAUCAACCUAGAUUUAUUUCUUUCUCUUUUGAUCUCGAAUGUGACGUGCCACCAUGCGCACUGGACGGGUGUAUAAUUAAAAACAAUUGUUUAUUUAAAUAGAAACAAUGCAAUCUGUUGCCAAGAUGGCAUCGAUGAUUGGUGUAAUGAUAAGUAUCUAAUUAAACGUUCUCAUUCGAUCGGAAAGUCAUUAACAGUCAACCUAGUGGUUCAUCGUGGAUCGUGAAUAGUUGAAGAAUUUUUAUUUAUUGACUCACUAAUUAAUUAUUAUUACAUUUGUAAAAUGGAGCCAGGACAAUUGAGUAAAGAUCAGCGUAAACAGUUGAAAAUGGCUUUUGAUACUUUUGAUAAGGAGAAAAAGGGAGUGAUUAAAACAGCGGAGGUUCAAACUAUUUUGGAUAUGCUGGGAGUUGAAGCAGAGGC